AUGGCUUCCACUCCUAUUGUGGUCGCAAUAGGUUUGUUGACACUUCUCUAUAUUGUCAUCGGAAGAAAGAAGGAAAAGAAACUUCUCAAGCUACCCUUAAUUGGCGACCUCCAUGGCUCCCCAAUUGACAAACCACUCUUAAACUGGGACGAAUGGGCGAGGGAAAAUGGCCCCAUUGCAGUACCCAAGCUCUUUGGGCUCAUACCGAUCGUGGUGUUAAAUUCAUAUGAGGCUGUCACUGAAUUGUUCAGUCGACGCAGCCAGUGGUACAGCAACCGUCCACCCUCCGUCAGCAUGGAAAUGAUCACAGGAGCUGAACCUGGACAGUCCAAGUUCACUCUGAUGCACGACUACGACGAUCACCUCAAAUUUCACCACCGCAUUUUGGCCCCGAGUCUUGGCGCUCUGGCCGCCCCACAGUACCACCCCCUGAUGGAGCUGGAGUGCAAACAGCUAUUAUUUGAUCUCUCAACUGCGGCUAGACAAGCCGACGGAAUCAGUACAGAGACAGUUUAUCCGCUGUUUGAGCGCACUCAAUCGAGUGUGAUCCUUGCUCUGCAUUAUGGCCUGCGCAUCCCAAGCUUUGAAGAACAUAUAUUGCAUGAGAUCAUCGAUAUCCAGACUCAAGUAACCCACCUCGCUGCAAACCCUGGUCUUCCAGAUAUCAUCCCGCCUCUGCGCCACCUGCCAGCAUUUUUGUCACCAUGGAGGCGAGCAGCGGACAAGCUGUACGCCGCGCAGGUGGACCUGUACAUGCGUCUCUUCCGACAUGGGAGGGACUCGGCAGGAUGGAACUCCACCAAGCAAGCAAUCUCUACAGCUAAGAAGUACUCUGAAGACGGUGUUCCGGACCUCGACCUCGCUUUUACUCUUGCAACAUCCAUCCAGGGAGGUAUGGAAACUUCACCGCGGCAGAUGUUGUGGUUGUUCGUCGCAGCACUGCACCAACCGUCCUUCAUGGCGCGCGCACAUGCCUUACUUGACGAGGUUGUCGGUCGUGACCGCCUCCCUCGGUUUUCGGAACGUUCGCAGCUUGCUUUCGUUGAUGCUAUUAUGCAUGAGCUUUUCCGUUGGCGGCCUAUUUCACCAGGAUCCAUUCCUCGUAGGGCGGAUCGGGACGACGAGUUUAAUGGCGUCAAGAUCAAAAAGGGUGUUACUCUCAUGGCAAAUGCGUGGGCCAUUGGUCGAGACGAGAAGGUCUUUGAUCCCGCGCUUGGAGAUACCCAGGACUUUGUGCCUGAGCGGUGGCUCCGGCGUGAUGAUGGCGGGGAGGAAACUCUGCGAACAGACCUUCCGUUGCCGGUGUUUGGACAAGGUCGCCGCAUCUGCCAAGGAAAGAGGGUUGCUACGGAUGGAUCUUUCUUGCAGGUUGCUUCUCUAUUGUGGGCGUUUGAUAUCGAGCUCGCUGAUGGGGAAGAAGUGGAUCCUUGGGCGAUGAUCGUGACAGGGUUCAUGACAACACCGAGGGAGGUCAAAUUCAAACUCCGGCCCAGGGGGGAUUGGGUGGUCGAUGUUAUUAAUAAAGAGUGGGAGACGGCUGAGAAAAGUCUCAGAAAUGUGAUGGGGGCUGAUGUUGAUGUUGAAAAUAGAUGA